AUGGUGAUCUCCCCUGUCAGAUACUCCCCUGUCAGACACUCCCCUGUCAGAUACUCCCCUGUCAGACACUCCCCUGUCAGACACUCCCCUAUCAGAUACUCCCCUGUCAGACACUCCCCUGUCAGAUACUCCCCUGUCAGACACUCCCCUAUCAGAUACUCCCCUGUCAGACACUCCCCUGUCAGAUACUCCCCUGUCAGACACUCCCCUAUCAGAUACUCCCCUGUCAGACACUCCCCUGUCAGAUACUCCCCUGUCAGACACUCCCCUGUCAGACACUCCCCUGUCAGACACUCCCCUGUCAGACACUCCCCUGUCAGACACUCCCCUAUCAGAUACUCCCCUAUCAGAUACUCCCCUGUCAGACACUCCCCUAUCAGAUACUCCCCUAUCAGACACUCCCCUGUCAGACACUCCCCUAUCAGAUACUACCCUAUCAGAUACUACCCUAUCAGAUACUCCCCUGUCAGACACUCCCCUGUCAGACACUCCCCUGUCAGACACUCCCCUGUCAGACACUCCCCUAUCAGAUACUCCCCUAUCAGAUACUCCCCUGUCAGACACUCCCCUAUCAGAUACUACCCUAUCAGAUACUACCCUGUCAGAUACUCCCCUAUCAGACACUCCCCUGUCAGACACUCCCCUGUCAGACACUCCCCUGUCAGACACUCCCCUAUCAGAUACUCCCCUAUCAGAUACUCCCCUGUCAGACACUCCCCUGUCAGACACUCCCCUAUCAGAUACUACCCUAUCAGAUACUCCCCUGUCCCGUCAGACACUCCCCCAUCAGACACUCCCCCGUCAGACACUCCCCCGUCAGACACUCCCCUGUCAAUGUAUCUUUGUUAG